AUGCUUCAGCUCGGCAUUGUUCGACCGUCUUUCAGCAACUGGACUUCUGCGCUGCACGUCGUGCCAGAACAGGGGCCUGGUGACUGGCGGCCUCGAGGUGAUUAUCGGGCACUCAGUGCUGUGACAGCGGCAGACCAAUAUCCUCUCCCUCAGAUCCAUGAUUUCAGCGCUCGCCUCGCGGGAAAGACCAUCUUCACUAAGUUGGAUCUGAUGGCCGCUUAUCACCAGAUUCCAGUAGAACCAAGCGACAUCCCAAAGACGGCCUUGACAACACCUUUCGGCCUCUUUGAAUUUAUUCGUAUGCCGUACGCACUGAGCAACGCUGCACAAACGUUCCAGCGUUUCAUGAAUGAGGUCACUCGCGGACUGCUCUUUGUCUUCGCCUACUUAGACGACAUUUUGGUCGCCCGCAAAACGCCAGAAAAGCACGAAAAUCACCUGCGGCUCCUCUUAAAUCGUCUUGACGAGGAAGGUCUCGUGAUGAAGACCCAAAAGUGCAUGUUUGGUCUUGAAGCACUAGAUUUCCAAGGUCAUCGGAUCACCCCGCAAGCGUCCGUCGACUUUGAGACAUUAGCCGCCGCCCAGCGGGAAGACCCAGAGCUAACCGAGAUGCGGCAGAAUCCACUGACACUUAUGCUGGAAGAGAUCCUGCUACCAUACACGACUAUGGUCACAUGCGACACAUCGCACGAAUCUCCAAGACCCUUCGUCGCCGUCCAGUUUCGGCAUGCAGUGUUUGACAGCCUUCAUGAACUCUGCCACCUAGGAAUCCGCGCCGCGCAGAGGGUCGUCCCGGACCGCUUUGUGUGGCCAGGCAUUAACGCCGACAUUCGACGCUGGGAGAAGACGUGCCGAACAUGUCAAGCUCAAUAUCUUCAAGGCACACGUUUUGUAGCUGUCACCAUACGCGAUGGAGCCCUACACCAUGCAACCAGCGUCACUACUUCCUCCUCCGAGACGGCUGAAGAAGUGGCCAUCGCCCUGGCCACUCUAGAUCCCACCUGUGACACCAUUGUGUGCGACUCUCGCUCAGCCGUCAUUAACUACAGCAAAGGCCGCAUCUCUCCUCAAGCGCUUCGCAUCCUCUGCCAGGCACCACACUCCAAAGACAGCAUGAUCUCCCUGACAUGGAUCCCCGCCCAUGCGGGCCCUGUCCAUCCACGCCUCCCCAACCUCAACGAAGUCACCCACUCCAUUGCGCGAGGCCUUGUCAACCGAAAGUUGCGAUGGUGGGUCUGGUGA